AUGGUUGAUGCCAAGAAACAAGCUCCCAUUCAACACAGCGAACCAGCGGCCAGGGAAGCUCACGAUAUAUGGUUCCUCGAAACAUCUGGCCGGCGAAAGCUAACAGCCCGACAAGCCUGCAGCAUCGAGUCAGCCAGCCGGCACAACGGCGACUUCACCGUGCACCUACUUCACACCGGACGACACCUUCGCUCUUGCGCUUACCGUCGCAUACUCUCAAAGCUGCCGAAUUUUUCGUCGGCACGGCUAAGGCCGCGCACCGAACUCGCAGGCACUCCAUUGUCGCGGCUGUAUUCAGAUCGCCGAGCACUACGUGAAAGCUCUUCUCUCGUAGAACACCUGAGCGACUUUCUUCGCUACGCGAUUAUCUGGAAGCGUGGUGGUGUUUACUUGGAUUUAAACAUAAUUGUUCUGAAGUCACUUAAGCCAAUAGAAAACUCCGUUGCUUUCGAGGAAGAUGAAGUGCAUGUGACCAACAGCGUGCUUUUCUUCCGCAAGAUGCAUCCGGCUGUGAGAGCGCUCAUGAAGGCGUGUGCACGCCAGUACGAUCCACGGAGCUUUCAAUCGUGCGGCCCAUUGUUGCUGACUCAAUUGCGCCAUGCCCCGUUUUAUGCUCGGCUCGUGAACUUUCUUAGCUCGUCAACAUUCUUCAAGGUUUCUUUUGGCGAGUGGAAGAUGUUCUUUGAUCCAACGAUGACCGAAAAGGUGCUCGAGGAAGUGAAUGGCAGCUAUGGUGCCCACCUUUGGAACAGGUUCAGCAAGGGCACGAAAGCUAUCAUCGGAUCUGGCAGCCCGCUGGAACACCUAGCUCGGAUCCACUGCCCAUCAGUGUACAGACAAGCCUCAACUGCGGGAUACCUAUAA